AUGCCAUCACCAGCAUUUUUAAGAUAUACAGGUAUCAAGGAAAGUAUGAUUGCAGCUGCAACCACAAAUAGAAGUAGACAAAAAAUUAAACCAGCCAUCAAGGAUUGGUUGAAAUAUGCAGAUUUAGGCUUCAUUCAAAAACCAAAAAUAAGAAUUAAUUCAUAUAUGGAAAUUAAAGGUAAGGAUAACUUUAUAAAAUAAAAUAAAUUUAUUUAUUCUUCUAUUAUAGAUUGAUUCUAAGUGAACAUGUUUUAACCAUCAAGUUAGUCACAAAUUUAGCUUAAUAUUAAAUCUGGUAAAUGACUUUCACAUAUAAAUCAAUUUAUAAUAGAUUCUAUUAUAGAUUGAUCAAAUCCUGAAAGUCAUCAGUAGGUUUGCUUUUGAACUAUAUUUACGACUGGCUGGACGGUUAACAACAAAUCUAGUACGAAUCAUAAAGUACGAAACUUUUCGUUUCAACUUAUUAUAAAGGUUUAGCAGAAAAGUAUCUGUACGAAACCUUUUUCUCUGACUCUUGCACAGAUUUAGUAUGAAAUCUCUGGUACGGAACCUUUAUUUCAGUUGUCCAUAUAUGGUUUGGUACGAAACCUUGUUUUUUUACAAAACCAAAAAAGGAUCUUACCGUGUAUUGAGGCUAAGAAACUUUUUAGGUUCUGUAAAAAAUCAUUUUUUUAGAGUGUAGUUAUCUCAUCACUUACACACUUGUGUAUGUGUUUGUCUUUUCUUGGGA